AUGUUUGAAAAAGCAGUGUAUCCGGCAUUGGAGGAGUUGCAGCAACCACUCUCACAAGAACAACUUAGAAUUUUAAAGGACCAAUUAAAUUCAGAAGAACCAACCCCUUCUGCACAAACAAAGUUCAAUUAUGCGUGGGGAUUAAUAAAAUCCAAUCACCACAAACAACAAGAGUAUGGAGUGGAGAUACUCACUGAGCUAUACAAGAGUGAGAAAAGUAUGAGGAGAGAGGUGUUGUACUAUCUUAGUUUGGGGUCUUUGAAGAUUGGUGACUAUACUAAUGCCAAGCGAUAUGUUGAAGCAUUAUUAGAAAUCGAACCUGAAAAUCAACAGGCUAGAGGGUUAUUAAAAACCAUAGAUGACAAAAUCACUACCGAAGGGUUAAUCGGUAUCGGGAUUGCUGGUGGCGCUCUUGCAAUUGGACUUGGAUUGAUUGGAGCUUUAGUCAGAAGGAACAGAAAAUAG